UCCGUGCGGGCAGCUUCACAAGCUUGUCUGGAACUAUAAUGCGGACCAACCACAACGCAUGACUCGUGUUACUACUGUACCAAGCUCACCGGUAACACAAGGGGUAAGAUGAAGAGGACCCUUCUUACUGAAGUUGUAGACAUGCACAACAUACUCAUCAAUCUCGGUCUAUCCUUCCUCCGAACAAACCAGAUCGUGCCAGCGCAUCUUGCAUAUCGGCAGCCAGCCACAAGCGGCGGGGGAUCUGCAUAUUCCUGAUGGAGUCAACAACACUUAUACCCCUCCCCCUCCGUCCAGCUCUCUAUCUCCCCAAAUUCCUCUUUCACUCCACUAAACACCCAUCUCAACGAAACUACCCACCAUGUCUGUCCCCUCCGGCCUCCCCAACUACACUCGCCACAUAACCAGCCACAACUCCUCCGGUGAGGCAAUCGUUCACUCCUCCACCCCAGGCGACUGGACAAGCAUCGGAGAAGACCGAUUCGGCUUCAGCGUCGCCUACACCACCUCAUCGUUCCCGCCUGACCUCAACAAUGACGCCGACAUUUCCACCCACACAGCCAAAAUGGAAUCCAAAAACCUCGGGCUCGUCAGUCCCAACGGCACCGUCUGUCGCGUGGUGGACUUCGCACCCAACACAGACCCAUUCAUGCACCGCACGCGGAGUCUCGACUACGGAGUUGUCCUGGAGGGCGAGAUCAUCAUGGAGCUGGACUCGGGGGAGAAGGUGUUGAUGAAGAAGGGCGACAUAGCCGUGCAACGGGGGACGAUGCACGCAUGGCGCAAUCCGAGCAAGGAGAACUGGACGAGAAUGCUGUUCGUGCUGCAGGACUGCAAGCCUAUCUCUGCGGAGGACGGCAAACAGCUGGGUGAGGAUCUGGGGGAGUCGUCGGAAUUGCCUCCUUCUGAUGGAGCUAAUGCAUAACUCCAAUCACUAUCUAUACACUAAGACUCUAUACACAAACCGACAAUGAAUCAUGACAAGAUCAAGGAACCCGAAUAACAACCUUCCCAAAAUGCCCUCCACUCUCCAAGAACCUAAACGCCUGAUCAGCCUCCCCAAACCCAAACACCUUGGAAACCACCGGCUUAAUGCCCUUCUCCUCAUAGAACGCCACCAUUUCCUCAAAUCGAUCCCUCGGACCAUUAAUAAUCCCCUGCAGCGUAACCGUCCGUCUCAGCGCCAGCAGAUUGACAUUAAUCCGAUCC